AUGGAUUUGUUGAGACUUUCUGUGCUUUCACUUGUUCUGAUAGGCUUUGUCUUCUCCUCACCUCCACCUCAAAGAACUGAUAUUGAACCCGCAGUAUAUGACCUCGUUUCCAAUGUGGUUGGACAAAGCGUUCCUGAAAUGCCUCCCAGUUUUCAAGAUAAUCCGAGUGUCGACCAUAGUACAGCAAGUUCCGUAAGAGGUACAUCGGAGGGACUAAGCAGGUUCUUCACACCUUUCCCGAUGUCCAUUCCAAUACCUUACUAUGAUCCAUACAACAAGGGACAAGAUCAUGAGAAUAAGGAUGACACAGCUUUAAGAUUAGGAAUCGGAAUUGGUUGUGGUUUGUUCUCGGCAUUAGUUGUCUUCCUUUGUAUUUUCUGUUGCUGGUAUCGAAGAUGUCGGAGGAAACAAAGAAACAACAUGCUUUUUCCGAUUGUUGUCCCACGUCAGAAUUCUUAUGUCAAACAGGAAGAUAGUCCUCCUAUUGUGAGGACUGAUCCUUGGGAAUUGCCUAGAACAAGUCUUAUCAUCGACUAUGAACACAAGCUAGGUAGCGGAGCCUUUUGCAAUGUUUUCUUUGGGAAAAUAAUCGGGGAAGCGCCAGUAGCUCAGGUUUUUCCCGGAGUGAGAACUGUAGCAUUGCACGAUUGUGAAGUCGCUGUUAAAAUGCUCCCAUCCUUCGCUGAUGAAAUCGCGAGAUCAGACUUCAUGCAGGAAAUUAAUUUCAUGAAAUCAUUGGCAUAUCAUCCUCAUCUCGUAUCCAUGUUGGGCUAUGUGGCUGAUACGCGAAGCCCCUUGCUAUUAGUUGAAUACUGUGAGAGAGGCGAUUUGCUCCACUAUAUAAGAGAGAGACGUGCCGAGAUCAAAGAGGGCCCACAAGGUGCGGAUACGACUAAAAUCAAAGAUCUUUUAUCCUUUGCUUGGCAGAUCAGUAACGGACUAGAGUACUUGAACAGUGUCGGUUGUAUUCAUCGUGACAUUGCUGCUCGUAACGUUCUAGUGGAUGGCGUCAAGCAAUGCAAGAUUGCCGAUUUCGGGUUAUGUCGUUUAACUGAUAGUUUGCUUUACACGGCCAGAGGCGGUCGUUUACCUUUGAAAUGGAUGGCACCUGAAAGUUUACAAUCGUUCGAAUAUUCUUUUAAGAGUGACGUUUGGUCGUAUGGCGUGCUGCUCUGGGAAGUUUUUUCGUUGGGAGAAGUGCCGUUCGGUGGAAUUCAAACAACUGAUCUUUUGGAAUAUUUACAAAAAGGACAUCGGUUGAUCCAAACUGACCAUUCCACCGAUGAAGUUUAUGAAAUAAUGAAUUUAUGCUGGAAUAUUGAGCCCAGACAGAGGCCAACUUUCAGACAGAUUUGUAUAAAGUUCGCUGGUUUAUUAGAAUUGGCUACGGAAAGCUAUGGAUAUCUAGCUCCUCGUUCAACGAAACCAGCCAAUGUGCAAAUAGAUAACGUUUAA